AUGGAUAGACGUCAACGAAGGAUGGAUAGACGUCAACGAAGGAUGGAUAGACGUCAACGAAGGAUGGAUAGACGUCAACGAAGGAUGGAUAGACGUCAACGAAGGAUGGAUAGACGUCAACGAAGGAUGGAUAGACGUCAACGAAGGAUGGAUAGACGUCAACGAAGGAUGGAUAGACGUCAACGAAGGAUGGAUAGACGUCAACGAAGGAUGGAUAGACGUCAACGAAGGAUGGAUAGACGUCAACGAAGGAUGGAUAGACGUCAACGAAGGAUGGAUAGUCCGACGUUCGCGAACAUUCCUACAUGCAAUGAUGAUUCACCACUUCGUGCAAUCUUCACAAUCAAAUGA